AUUGAAGCGCCAGCUGUUGCAUUGAAUUUAUCACAUCCCAAAGUGUUGACAAAUAGACGCUUUACUGCGACUUCGCUUGUGGAAUGAGUCAAACGCAGAUUUCGUUUCAAGCGUUUGAGCUCAGGUAUGUCUCUACUUUACACUUACGAUAAAUUUGGCAUAUUGGCAUUUCGUAUUUAUUUAUUUGUUGUGCUAACUGAUUAACGCCUUCUCAUAUGGAUCUCGCCGAGACAUUUGUACGUGCUCACAUACACACCGACAGACAUAGACGCAUGCUGAUAAUAUUUUUAGCCGCUAAUAGAGAAUUUCUAGUUUGCUGUCAUUUCGAGCUGAGCACUGGAGAUCACAAGUCGUGACGGGAUUAUUAAUUUAUACACACAGUGCCCGAGUGCAUAUAGAGUUUUAUAGAGAUUGAAAGAAACUACAGGCAGAACAGUGUAACUGCUGCUGCAGUGGUUGUUUGGGACUUUUUCGAAAUGCGUUUUGAAAUAAACGAGCUUUUAUUGCUGGCGAUCGCUUUUGCGCGUCACUGUGCGGGCAUGAUGCGACCGAGCGACGCGUUGUCGGUAAUGGCUGGCGAGGGUUUCACGGCUUACUUAGAUUUACCGAAGACCUUUGGUGCGAUCGAGAAUUGUUGGUUUCAAUUUGGAGCUGAGGAGAAAAUUAAGCUUGACUUGAAUGCCGCUAAUGCCAUCAUAACGGCGAAUGCUGAGGAAGUGUUACCAUUCUCCAGUACUGUUUGUGGUAUACGUGUUAAUAAAGUGUCUUACGCUUCCGCGGAUAUUUGGAAACUGGAGGUUGAGAAUGCGUUUGGGGAUUAUGAACGCGGCGAAUUGAAACUCUCCGUACUCGCAAUGCAUAAGAAACACUUCAAUACUAGCGUACAGUUGGCGAUUGGAGAGGGCGCCAUUUCCUGCAGUUUGUCCGACACUGCGACAAAGGAAUGCAAAAUCAUCGAUCAUAAGAAGAAUCAGGUUUGGAAUUCGUGCAAUAUUUAUACAACCAUAAAACCGAAUCGAACAUUCGAUUGUUACACCAAAAAUUGGGGCAGUAUGACGCAGAGCCAUGAACACAUAGUUGUUGAGGCUAAAAAUAGCAGCCUAUAUACCACGGCUAGUGUAACGGAUGGUGACGACAGCGUUGUAAUGCGCUGUCAGUUCAAAAGUGAGCUACGCGGCUGCCAGGCCGAAUCGCCAGGUGGCAAGGAAGAGUUGCAUCUUAUGGAGGGACUGUAUAAUGGACGUUACUCGGCUCAUGAUACAUUAUAUUCGAAGCAGCGAUGUGCCUUGGAAAUUCCCAAACCACUCAAGGAAGCUGAGUUGGGCCUAUGGCGUAUAUAUAAUACGGAAGUAAUCCCGCCAACAGGUUGUCUCUUCUACAUUGGCAAGUCAAAAGUACAAAUUAUGGCUGAGGAGCUCAAUACUGUGAACGAUAUAAAACAAGUCAACGCUUACGAUACAGACAAAAACAUCGAAUUGUUUACCUGCGAAGUACCUUUCAUUAUAUACGAUUGUUAUUUACGCGACCCGAAUAAUACAGUCUACUUUCCGGAUCCCAUACGAUUUGAGCGCACGCGCACCUAUGGGCAGUGUCAUUUCAGCAAUAUGCCGGUAAUAGCAGGCAGUUGGAUUUGUGGUGCGCGCGGACAUGACUAUGCCAAAGAAGUGCUGCAGAAUUUUGAGGUUAUAGUUAAGCCAAAAGUCGGUGAGGUACUCACUGAAUCGCUGAAGUUGAGGCGCGGCAAGGCGGUAGAGUUGAUCUGUCAGAGCGCCUUUGAGGAACCACUGACCCAUUGCGCAUUCAUCGAUCCAUUGGGACGUGUACACUUGGUGGGCACAGCGCACAGCGUCAAAACCGCAGGUCACGUGAAAUACUAUGGACGCGGUUUACUUUGGGGUGAUUGUGGCGCGCAGAUUAUGGAAACUAACAGUAAUGAUUAUGGCAAAUGGAAAUGCCAAUUUGUCACAUUCGCCGACAAACGCACUUCGAUUUUUACUUUGCGACUGCGUGAAUCCGGUAGGCGGUUAUACAAAAGAAAACUUUAAGUCAUUUUUGGUUCAACUAUCGGUCUCGGCGUUGGCAUCACAAUCAUACUUGUACUUUUGUUCGGUUUAUUACUUGCAACUGUCGUUUACCGUCGUCGAAAUCGCACAGCACAGCAUAAUUUCACUUCAUCCGAUCCUCUCGGUGCGAAUUCGAGCAACUCUGUGGUAAUGACUACGUUGGGAACCUUUGAACGGCCGAAUAUUGAGAGGUUAUAAGGGUUAUAUUUCCUAAAAACAUGUAUUAAAAGUAAUCUUUUGAUCCAAUUAUGGGUGGGUUUUAACUUAAGCUAUAAUAUAUAGUAUUACUUAGGAUUGUGUUCAUUAUGAUGUAUUUUGUAUAAUUAAAAAAAACUGACUUUUUUUCUAAAAAGAGGGUUUAUCUCAAAAUAUAUUAUUGACACUUAUGGUACAA